AUGAGUGAUGAACACAGCAGGAAGAUGGCGGUCCAGGUCGUGGCCGCCGUAUUCUUACCCAUCGCUACCAUAAGUGUGAUGCUGCGCAUUUAUGUGCGUGGAUGGAUCGUCAAGGCGUUUGGAUGGGACGAUGGCGCCAUGGUGGUAGCAUUGCUAUUUUAUGUCAUGUUCUGCGCCUGCAUGAUCGGAGGUACCCUGUACGGCACAGGAUACAAGUUUGCGAGUCUUGAUCCCGCCAACGCCGCCAUUGCCAUGAAAUACUGGUGGCUCUGCGAAAUCGCCUAUUGCUUCUCUUCCAUCGGAUGCAAGAUCUCCGUCUGCAUUUUCUUGAUGCGUAUCACCAUUCGACGCCUUCAUAUCUGGGCCCUAUACAUCGUCAUGGCUUUGACCGUCCUGGCGGGGUUGGUCUUCAUGUUCUUGAUGCUGCUACAGUGUCACCCAUUGGAAUUCUUCUGGACGCGGGCGGCAGAUCCAGACGCGGGUUGGUGCAUCGAUAUUGGCAUCAUCAUUAGCAUGACCUAUGUCUACAGUGCGUUUGCCGCAUUGUGCGAUUUCACCGUGGGCAUCCUGCCCAUCUUCCUCGUGCACAAGUUGCACAUGAAGCGCCAGACCAAGAUUGCUGUAAUGGGCAUUCUGAGCAUGGCCUGCAUUGCUUCAUCAGCGGUCAUCGUUCGUAUUCCCUUCGUCAAAACCUUCGCCGAGGCUGAUUUCCUUUACGCCACUAUUCAAAUCGCUAUUUGGUCCAACAUCGAAGCCGGCCUGGGCAUCACCGCCGGUAGUCUCGCAACCCUCCGACCUCUUCUCCGCGUCAUCAUGGGCUCUCGCACCGACCCCGACUACUCGAGUGGGUUUCCGGGCGGAAGAUCACGGUCUGCCUCGCGCCAGCUGGCCGGGCACGAGCGGUCCUUUCCUCUCGGCUCUAUAGACGAUUCCCACCAAUCUCGACUGAGACCGGACAAGCUUGCCGUUACGGUGACGACAAUCAAAAGCCAGCGGGAUGGUGAUACAUACGCCGAGUCUUCAAGUCCGAGUAGUAGUGAGGAAAGAUUGACGUUUGACCGAUAUAUGCCCAAUAGGCAGGGUGAAAUGGGUCUCGGGAUUCACAGAACGACCGAAGUCACACAAACUACAACGGAUACAGACAAUGAGCCCAAGACCGAGCGAGAGCAUGUAUGA